AGGUGAUGGAGCGAGAAACAACAGUGAGGAAGACAAAGAGUUCUCCCUCCAGAGUGUGCGCCGGGUGGCCACUCCAUCCUCCAGAACCCCUACCGCAGCACCACCUUCAGCUCCAGCUGGCUGCAGCAGUCGUCCCUGCAGGACUUCAUCUGCGACCACUCCCUCACUCCAGGCUGGUACCAGUUUCAGAUUUUUGACAAGCCGGCGAGCAUGCCCACCCAGUGUGUGGAGGUGAACCAUUGUGGGACUCAGGCUCCCGUGUGGCUGUCUCUGGGUGAGGACGAGUCCCUGCCGGGGCCCCUGGAGGUCAGGCAGCUGACGGCCUGCGCUGCCUGGCAGUUCUUCCCGAGCAGCAGCAAAGACUGCUGCAUGUUCCGCAUCCCGAUCACCGUCCGCAACUGUGGAGACUUCUAUGUGUACCUGCUCCAGCCUACGCAGGGGUGCAUGGGAUACUGCGCACAGGAGAUGUCGGACACUUCGCCCGCGCCGUCACUGACCUGCGGCCCUGACGAGGUGAACGUCGAUGGAACAUGUAAAACAAAGCAGCCUCCCACUCCAUCUGUACCAGUGAUUGUCUCAGAGGUGAAGGGAAACAGCGUCUACCUGAAGUGCAGCUUUGGCAGCAGCUCCAACAGCUCAUUGGGUUAUGUGGUGGCCUGGUCCCGCCUCUCACCUGAGGGCAGGAAAGAGGAGCUCAAACAGGAGACCACCAUCCAGACCUCCGCCUUUAUCGAGCUGGACGGCUUCAACCUCCGUCUGGGGGACAAGAUUUACUGCUCCAGCUCCAGUUUCUUCUUGGACUCGCCUGACGUCCGCGGUGCUUCAGUGGAGAGUCAGGAGUUCUUUGCAGGGAUUAGGCUUCGGCCGGAGGAGAGCAGCGUAUUUGAGGAUGGGCGGCUGUAUGAGUUGGUGGUUGAGAGCACAGUUCCUGUCCCGUGUCUGGAAGAGUCCUCCACCUCGACAGACCAGUGCGCUCUGUCUCUGCAGCUCAGCACAGGCAGUAAAGAUGAGGCUUUUCUGGGUGCAGAUCUGUCUCUGUCCUCCUGUGUGGUGCAUCUGUCCCGGGGCCCCUGUAGGGACGAAGUCUGCAGUCGAGCUCUGAUCCACUUCAGUCCAGUCACCGACUUUGUGAAAGAUGGCAACAGGACAACUCAGAUCUCUGUUAAAUCCAUCGUCACACAGAAUUUUCUCUGGAACGGAUACUCACCAGAGCCUGUUGAGUUAACAGUGAAGGAUGUGCCCUCAGCCUACUGCUACUCCUUCACUGAUCCUCAUAUUAUCACAUUUGAUGGCAGGAGCUAUGAGAACUACCAAAUAGGGACCUUUGUUCUCUAUAGGAGCAGUUUCUGGCCGUUUGAGGUCCAUGUUCGUCAGUGGGAGUGCGGCAGUGUGGUUCAGGCUGCCGCGUGUGUGUGCGGCUUUGUGGUGAGGGACGGCGGUGAUGUUAUCGCUUUUGACAUGUGCAGCGGAGAAAUGGGUGAAACCAAGCCUCACCUGUCCGUGAAGAACAGAGACUUGAGCAAGAGCGCCAUUCGCAUCACAGAGUCCUACCAGGGACGCAAAGUCACGAUGACCUUCUCGUCGGGGGCGUUUGUUCGUGCAGAUGUGUCUGACUGGGGAAUGAGUCUGACGCUGAGAGCUCCCAGUUCAGACCGGAGCCACACUGAGGGCCUGUGUGGGACCUAUGACGGACAGCCAGAUAACGACUUCCACUCAGCAGGGGGCGCCACACUGGAGGAUCAGCACGCUUUUAUCUCUGAAUGGAGACUCCCUCCAGGCAGCAGCCUGUUUGACACCGUGCCAUCUCAUCUGAGUACACUGAGCCCCCGCAAGUACUGUAACUGUCAGGCAGAGCCCCAGCUCACAUCUCCCAGAGCCCGAUCUCAGCCAGCCACCUCUCCUGACUCCACCUGCUCUCAUUAUGGCAACGUGCGCCUCCUCGGUGUCAUCCCCACUCUGGACGUCACAGCUGAGUACAUCAGCUCAGUGGAACUACUGAGAGGUGACGGACAUGAAAGACAGCUGCUGCCUCCAGGCCGAUCCAACCAAAACACCCCGGAUCGAGGUGAAAGAGGCUUCCCCUCGAGAGCCUCCAGAGAUGGAGCUUCAUCUCAACACCAGAGACACAGAGGCAGGCAGCAGACCCAUCGUUACGUUUCUAAUCCUCUGCACCAAAGCCUGAGCCAGUCUGAUCUGGAGGGCUUCACCUACUUUUUCCCAGAGGACCAUGAAGCAACACUUCAACCAGAUGUUUCCCCAAUAUGGCCCACACCUUCUGGACUGACGGAGCUGCAGGCCAGGACUCAGUGCCAGCAGACUGUGGCUAACUCCAGCAUAGCAUUAGGUUGCGGGCGCCUGUUAGAAGAGUCAAUUAUUAGCCAUGUGGUGGCUAUGUGUGUUACCGACCUACAGCUGAAGGAUGAACUGUCAUGGCUGAAUGCAACAUUACCACUGCUGGAAAAUGAAUGUGAGAGGAGGCUGGUGGAGGAGAGGAGGAGAGAAGAAGAGUACCAGGAUGCUCUGGCUGUUCUCAGGUGUCCCAGUCUCUGCAACUGGAACGGCCAGUGCUCAGAGUGGGGUUGUGUCUGCUUCCCAGGAUUUGGGUCCUAUGACUGCAGUCUGCUGUCUGACCAGAUCCCAGAGAUCACUGAGCUGGAGAAGGAGGGUCUGUGUGACGUGCGACAGGGAGACUGCUCCACCAUCCAGGUCUACGGUCAAGGCUUCAAGGACUCCUACGAGCUCAAGUGUGAGUUUGUUAAAGAAAAGUUUGUGGAAGGGGACUGGGUUCUGGACGAGCCCCAGUUUGUCCUGGCCAUCUUUCUGGAUGUGACGGCUCUGGAGUGCCAGCUCCCCCUGGAGGACAGCUGGGCUCCUGCAGGCCUGGAAAGUGUGACAAACAGACCGCUGGCCCGCUGGCAGAUCAAAGUAUCCAAUGAUGGCUACAGCUACAGCAACGCCAAGAUACUGACUCUGUAUGAUGGAGCCUGCCAGAUCUGCAGCCUCAACACUGAAGUCCUCUGUACCCUGAGGGAGAAAACCUGCAACAUUGAAGGCUCAUGUUACAGCGAGGGGGAGUCCAAUCCCAGCAGCCCUUGCCUGACGUGUCGCCCGGACUCGUCCAAACACACGUGGUCCAUAGCAGAGAAGAAUCAGCCUCCGGUGCUCCAGUCGAUGCCGUAUCAUAUGCGGUCCUUCCAGGGAGAGAAUUUCAUCUACCAGCUACAAGCUCGGGACCCUGAGGGCUCGCCGGUGGUCUUCACCCUGGAAUCAGGUCCUGAAGGUGCAUCUCUGUCUCCGGCCGGCCUGCUGAUGUGGAAGGCCACGGCUGAAACUACAGACACACACACUUUCCGUUUUACUGUGGCUGACGACUGUAACGCUGAGACCAGAGCCUCCACACAGGUGACUGUGCUCUCCUGUGAGUGUCUGAAUGGAGCUUCCUGUGUGACCAACGUCAACCUCCCUGCCGGCAGCGGCGAGUACCAGUGUCUGUGCCUCGAGGGAUUUAAAGGUGAAAGGUGUGAGGUGGACAUUGAUGACUGUAAACCGAACCCCUGCAGACUGGGCCGCUGUAUUGACGGCCCCAACUCCUUCUCCUGUGUCUGCCCACCAGGAAUGACAGGCCGAACAUGUAGAGAAGAUAUAGACGAGUGUGUCUCUCAGCCUUGUUUCCCUGGAGUUGGCUGUAACAACACACUGGGCUCCUUCAUCUGUGGAGUUUGUCCACAAGGAUACAGCGGUGAAGGGAAAAACUGUGCACGUGACGACGACUCUCCGGUCCAAGAAGCAGUGACCACACCAGCGAGGGUACCGCAGGUUUCCUUGAGGCCCAAACCCUCAGGCCCGUCGCCGUGCUCCAGGCGGCCGUGUCACCCGGGGGUCCAGUGCUUUGAGAGCAUCCACGUCUCAGUGGGCUUCGUCUGUGGACCCUGUCCUCCUGGUCUUCAUGGAAACGGCCGAACGUGCACAACAACAGGUCAGGGGACAGUCGCCGGCGGAGCAGAUGGUCAUAUUAACAUCAUCAAAUCAAAUUCCAGCAAGGAAAUUACGCCCACCUCCUCCUCUUCAUCGUCUUCCACCUCACCCAGACGACCCCCUAACAGGAGGACGAGACCAGAAGACACCAUCUCCAGUAUCAGGAGAGUUUCCUCCACUGACAGAAAGACCACAGCAGCGCCACAGAAUCAAACCGCCACCAGAGUGUUCGCUCCUGCUGUCCACAGACCUCCACCCAGCGGGGUGGAGCUUCAACCCGACCUCACCACCAGGGUCAAAUGGGGGUCACCAUCUCACCAUGUGACCUGUGCUGACUCUCCCUGCUUCGCCGGUGUUCCCUGUGAGCCCACCAUCACCGGGUUCAGGUGUGGACGCUGCCCGUACGGGUACACUGGAGAUGGAGUCGCGUGUAAAGCUGUGUGCAGGUAUCAGUGUGGGAGGAACAUGGAGUGCACGCUGCCAAACACCUGCACCUGUAAGGAAGGCUACACCGGGUACAGCUGUCACAUCGCUGUUUGUCGACCUGACUGCAAGAACCAGGGGAAGUGUGUGAAACCCAAUGUGUGUGAAUGUCCUGCAGGCUACAGUGGGCCCACCUGUGAGGAAGCGAGCUGCGAGCCGCCUUGUCAACAUGGAGGCACCUGCCUGGCCAGAAACCUGUGUACCUGCCCCUACGGCUACGUGGGACCCAGAUGUGAAAUCAUGGUGUGUAACAGGCACUGUGAAAAUGGGGGAGAAUGUGUUUCUCCUGAUGUCUGUGAAUGCAAGCCUGGCUGGUACGGACCAACAUGUAACUCAGCUCUGUGUAACCCAGUCUGUCUGAAUGGAGGAACCUGCAUUAAGCCCAACAUCUGUGCCUGUCCCAGCGGCUUCUACGGCUCUCAGUGUCAGAUCGCCGUAUGCAGUCCUCCUUGUAAGAAUGGAGGUCAGUGUAUGAGGAACAACGUGUGCUCCUGCCCUGAAGGCUACACAGGAAAAAGGUGUCAAAAGAGUGUAUGUGAGCCAACCUGCAUGAACAAAGGCAAGUGUGUGGGACCCAACACAUGCUCCUGUGCAUCAGGAUGGAGAGGGAAGAGGUGCAGCAUACCUGUCUGUCUGCAAAAGUGUAAAAAUGGCGGCGAGUGUUUGGGACCAAACACCUGCCACUGUCCCACGGGCUGGGAAGGUCUCCAGUGUCAAACACCGGUCUGUAGGCAGCGGUGCUUGAACGGAGGAAGGUGUGUCCUUCCUGACUAUUGUUACUGUCGGAAAGGCUACAAGGGCCUCACCUGCGCAAUAAAGGCAUCACAAGCAUGAUGGAAAUGAGGAUGAAAGAAGCUACAAAAUGCACAAAGCAAGAAGAGAGCAGCCUGAGUUAUUGUGUGUGUGCGUGUGUGUGUGCGUGUGUGUGUGUUGGUGGAUAUGUGCUUGAAUAUGUGGCUCUGUGCACAUUUGAAGGCUAACAGCAGGACGUGAUGUGUUGCACUUGUCUCUGCGUCCCUGCGUAUUACUACCUCAAGGCUCCGAGUGACACACACCUGUUAAAUGCAUCAGCAGCGCAGACAGAGACUUUAUUCAGAUAUGUGAAUGUAAGGAUGAGGAGUAGGAAAGGACGAAUCGGUUUGAAUGAUGAUUCGUUCAUCAGCUGCAGCAAGCUUUUAGUUUUAGGCCUUUCAUAAUUUAGCCGAAUUAUAGCCUGAUUAAACUUCACACUGAUGUGCACUGUUUGUUUCUUCAUUAUGAGAAAAAUAAAUACAAGUAUACUUUAUUACUUAUGCGUAAUUUAGAUGGUAUGCAUCAGUAACUUGAAGACAGUCAUAUGAAUAUGUUGUGAUUUUACAGAAAUUGCAUUUGUUUGUUUUUCUUUAUUGCUUUCAACUGUUUUAUUGGCCCUGAUUCUCAACAUUUGUCUUAAAGUAAUGACCACCUGUUGGAGUUCAUAUAGGGUUUGUUUCUACACAAAAUCUCUGUCAAGACCAGAUAACAC